AUCAAAGAAAAUGCCGCUGGCUGCCUUUGCAACGCCUUUCCUGACUGCAGUCGGUGGAUUAGUUACUGGUCUUAUUGCUGCUUGGGUCCGGGAAGAAUAUGUCCCUCAUAGGUUUAAGGAACGUCGAAGUAAUCUGGAAAACCUGAAGACAAAGAUUGCAGAAGCAAGAGAGAUGCUUAAUAGAUUGCAAGCACAAGCAAAUGGGACAACUUUUCUUCUAACUGAUGUGAAAGAUUGGAUGAGAGAAGCUGAAGAUUCCCUCAACAAAGUAGAUAUAGAAAAUCUUAGAAGAAGCAUAGAUGGUAGAUGUAUGAAUGGCUUCUUGCCCGACUGUUGUCGUCGAUGUGCUGCAAGCGCAGCCAUUGAACGAGAAAUCAGUAUAUUUGAUCAGUUAAUUGAAAAGAAUAGGUGUGUUAGAAUGAAGCCUGUUGUGAGGGGAUAUCAACGAGCUUGUAAUGAAACUGUGGUGAGAACUAGAAAUAUUGAUAUUGAGAACAUAUGGAAGAGCCUAACCCAAAAACAAAACGUUAAAGUAUUAUGCAUUCAUGGCAUAGCUGGUGUUGGCAAGACAGCUGUUGCAGAAGCUAUAUAUAACCAAGCUUUGUAUGAGUGUAAUUCAUUUGAUUAUGUUAUAUGGGUAGCUGCUGAAUUUGGUGUUCAGCUCAAGAUUCUUCAAGAGCAGGUUGCUAGGAGCUUAAAUAUAACGCUCCCUGACACUAGUGAUGAUGCAAGUAGAGCUUUAAAACUGCGUGAUGAGUUUGUGCUACGGAAGAAAUGUUUGGUGAUUCUUGAUUUUUUAUGGGAUGAUUAUUCUCUUCAAGAGAUUGGAAUUCCAGAGUCUGAUAAUGGGGAAGUGGUAUGCAAGGUCAUCCUUACUUCUAGAUCUCGAUUUGCGUGCCCAAGAAUUGUGAAAAAUGAGUACUAUGAAAUAAAACCACUCUCUAGCGUUGAUACUUUGGCUUUUUUAAAGAGGACUGUUGGUGACAGCCUUUUCCUUGUAGAUAGCGAGAUUCAGGAAAAAGCAAUAGAAGAUUGUGCAGGAUUGCCAUUAGCAGUUCUCAUAUUGGGAAUGCAUUUGAGAGAAGUACAGGGUCAAAGCUUGGAUGAAAUUAGUAUUGCACUUCAAGAAAGGUUGAGUAGCCGGGCUAGAUCAACACCAUCUACUGCAAUGCAGUUUGAACGCUUGGAAUACAGUUAUAAGAGACUGGAGGAGAAAUACCAACAAUGUUUCUUGUACUGUGCCUUGUACCCAAAAGGUAUUCCAAUUGAAGCAAAGCAGCUGAUAGAUUAUUGGAUCUGGGAAGGUCUAUUGGAUAUAUAUGUUGAGUCAUUAGAAGAAAAGAGGAAAUUGGGGAUGAAAGUUUUGAAAGAACUCAAAGAUGCUCGUCUCUUGGAGGCUGUUGAUUCAAAUGGCUCUCAAGAGUGGGUCAAGAUGCUUGGCUUAUUGCACGAUAUGGCAGUAAAUAUUAUAAGCAAACAAGAUAAUGACUUCUUCAUCAAUGCAGGUGAUAAUCUUUUGGUCUUACCCACAAUUGAUGAUCAGUGUGGAAAGAUCAAACGAGCAUCAUUUAUGCACAAUCAACUUAAAGCACCCUCAAAAAAGCCUAAUUUUCCAAACUUGUCUACAUUGCUACUCCAAUAUAACCCACUUGAUUGGUUUUCACUUGAUUUUUUCACUGGUAUGCCAAAGCUUAAAGUCUUAGACCUAUCUUACACUCAUGUUUCAUUCCUUCCACCAUCAGCUUGUACCUUGAAACUUCUCCAAGUACUUCUUUUACGUCAUUGCCCUAGUCUGAAACACCUGCCUGAUUUGUCUAACCUAGAGGAACUUAUUGUACUUGAUUUGUUUGGAACCCCUCUUGAAAACUUACCUGCUGGGAUGCAGAGGUUGAAAAAAUUAAAGCGCCUUGAUCUUUCACACUCUAAGUUGACUAAAUUCCCUGCUGAAUUGGUUGGUUCAUUACCAUGUUUGCAAGAAUUGUUAAUCGUUAUGGAUGAUGCAAAGGGUUGUUACUGGAGAUCAAAGCAAGUGAUAAGUUCAUUUUCCAGAGAUGCUUGUGUUGAGGAGCUUGCGUGCUUAGAAGGUUUAACCAUUCUUGAACUCAACUUCUUCAAUGUAACCAUGUUCAACGACUAUAUGAAUGCAUUUGUAAGGGCAAGAAGACACCAUUGUUCCCCUAGUUUUAAAUAUUAUGUUGGUGGUUUCUGCACCAAUGGAAACGUCAGUAGGAACAGCAUAGUUUUGAUUGAUGAUUACCGUGUUAAUCAACUACCAGAAGGCACCUUAGAGCUGUAUUUAACAAUGCACAGCCAAAGUCUGAAGACGCUUAAGGAAACUGGUAUUAGGUUUCAGAAUUUGAAGGUCCUCAAUGUGUUUGACUACAGUGGGUUAGAAUAUCUUUUCUCUUUUGAGAUGUUGAAUUGUCUCUGUAACCUUGAAAAGAUAUCUGUUAGGCAGUGCUGGUCAAUGAAAGCGUUAAUAAGGCCUGUUGUGGAUGCCCAUCUUGAUACAACCAUAACUCUAUCUUACCAUCUUCCACGGCUGCUGGAGUUAGUAUUAAUCGAUCUCCCUCAGCUAAAUUCCAUAUGUUCUGAGAAGCAACUUGAUUGGCCUGUCUUUCAUAGUUUCUCUGUUUGGAACUGUGAGAAACUAACAGAGUUGCCUCUUAUUGUUAGUCAAACUGGAGAAUUUAGAAUUUCCAAGAAAAUUAAAAUUAGAGGGAAUCGCUUCUGGUUCAAGGAUGUGGAGCGGGAAGAGACACAUUCCUCAAAUUAUGAAUUUGAAGAAGCAGUCCUACCGGAAAAUCUAGUAUCUUUUGUCAGUGUGAAGACGGAGAAAUUAAGUACUGAAUCAACGACUAGUAGUGGUGAAACAAAAGUUUUUAGGAUUUUCAAAAGGAAGAAAGCUGAAAAGACUAGAGCUGCCACUAUUUUGGCAAAUGAUGAUAUAAAUGCAAGCCCUUCCCAUUCCCCGAGCCAUAGCUACAUUACUCGGCGCCUAGAAGCUACCUCCACAUUUAUAAAACGAGUACAUGCAAAUGUAAGAGAUUUGUUUACUCGCCAACAAAAUGGCUAUGCUAGUCCUUCAAAUGGAGCAAGCUCCGUCUCAAUGAUCACACCAACCAAUUCACGAAGAUUUCUCCAUUUUACCUUACUUUAGAAACAGCUCCUUUGAAAUAGUGAUAUGGCCAAAUGCUUUGCAGUUGGUUCGUAUCUAUUUCCUUGUUUUUUGGCGGGAAAUUCAAGGCUCGGCCCUACCUAGGCCAUGGCUUAGGUCAUUUUACCAAAAACCUUAUGUUGAAUUGCGUAACACAUAACACAAAAGAAUGACAAACGAGUUGGUUCAGCACAGAAGCUGAACCAACAUUUUGGAUUCGCCACUGGUUUCAGGUCUGUGCUUCUGCGUCCGUGGUUUGUUCGUUCUCUCCUGCACUCUAAACUCUGUCUGCUGUUUCUUUUGGUUCUGGAAUAUGUCUUUUUGGUUGGAUAUCUCUUGUUAGGAUUUAAUAUGUGACUUGGAGCUGUGAUCAUGGUUAAUUUCGGUUUCCAAGGGAGAAGGAAUUUAGAUUUUGUGGUACUGUUAGUGAUUCUUUUGUGGGUGUUCUAUCAUUAAGGGAUGCUUCCUACUCCAAUUGUGGUCUUGAUGUGUCUUUUGAUCCACUUCAGCUUCUCUUUUACCCCUUUCCUUGUUUUCUGUUUGAAACCAUUUUUCAAAUAGGUAAUUUAUUGUUGGAUGAUGGUUAAGCUGACAAGCUAGCAUCAUAAUUGUAUUGUGUCAAAACAAACAGUAUUUUAUUGCAUUGUAUCCAAUACAUUGUAUGGGAUGAGAUGUAAGAACUUUCUAAUUUGUGAAAUCGAUUUUCUGCACGAGACCUGUGAAAAACAAGGAGCUUCAAGUGUUAGAGUAUAUAAUAUAUUUUGGGACCUCAACCAUCAGUUUAAGCUUUUGGUUGAGUUAGUUUCUUGACAUGGUAUCAAAGCUAACGUGACAACAGGUCACAGGUUUGAAUCUCAACCAUCCCUCAUUUAAAGUGGAUUAUUUAGCUCUAGGUAUAAGGACGGAGGGCCUGUGCUGUAUCCAAAUUUCUAGCCCAAUGGGCUCUCGUGUGAGGGGUUGUGUUAGAAUAUAUAACAUAUUCUGAGACCUCAACAAUCAACUUAAGUUUUUGGUUGAAUUGGUUCCUUGACCGUUAGCCUCAGUGUUAUCAUUAGUUUGGUUUAUUUUGAGUUAUCCAAUAGUAGAAUAAUGUUGAGCAGAUGGAUAAUAGUUGAAAAUUAUUUUUAACAAAAUUUCCUAAAAUAAAAUAGUACUCCUAUAUUCUAAUUUUAAAAUAAAAAUGCAUUGUUAAAGUUGAACGAUGAAUAACUGAAUAUUGCCAGCUAUCUGCAUGUGAGUUCAUCAAAACAACGUUUGGAUCGGUUUAUUCUAUUAUUAGUUAUGCAUAACUCAGACAUGCAGUGUAGUUGGGAAUUUAAAUACCACAUUGUAUUCAUACCCGUGAACUUAUUAUCAUUGAGCGACACUUGAACCGAUGGGUCAAGACAUGACUUGAAAUCGGAUAGAUGACAAAUAAACAAUAAACUGAUAAGGAACAAAUUCAACCAAAAGCUUAAGCUUAUGAUUGAAGGCUUGAGGCCAUAUUAUAUGUUAUAUACUCUAACACGCCCUCUCAUGCCCCUCUCAUGCGAGAGCCCUUGAGUUAAAAGUGUGAAUGCAACACAAACUCUCUUUAUAUUUGGUCAGAAAUAUUCCACUUGAAUUUGAGGGGUAAUUAAGAUUUAAACCCGUGACCAUGGUCACAUUGUCUUCUCAUGUCAUGUUGAAGAAUCAAGUCAACCAAAAGCUUAAUUAUUUUUGUUUGCAUGUUCUUAGCCUUCUCAAUGAUAUCAGAAUAUAAUUAUUGAUUUCAUGUCAGAAUAUCAAAUUAACUUAACUCCAGUAUGGUAAUUAUAAAACAAACUAAGCCUUCACGUUUUGCCAACUUUCUUUCUAGCAUUAUUCAUUAGAAACUACUGUUUCCAGAUACUUUUUCUCAUUCAGUUUAGGAAUUGUCUUUACUUUGCAUUUUAGAUUUUAGAAACAGAAGCUUAAAUAAUGACAGGUAAGUUGUAGCCACCAUUUUUUAUCUCCAUUGUUUUAAGUUUUGCUUUAUUUUGAUGAAAUUUUAUUUCUGAAUUUUGAAGCAGAUUCUCAUUUCUGGGUUAAAUUUUAUAGCUAUUUUAUAUCUACCCAAUGAAAUAGGUGAAGGCUGAAGUGUAAUCUGGGAUACCAAGAAGUCCAGUUGUUUCCGGGUGCAUUUCUACACUUGGUUGUCCAUGUUUCAUCGGCGUGGCUCGUGACACAAGUUUAACUUUGGCUAUUACCUAUGGACUACUGUAUAUGCUGAAGUUUCAUGUCACAGUAUCAUCAGAGCUGAGGUGCUUACUUAAGGAAUUUCAUGCGGCAGUUCAGAGAAGCGGAGUAUUUUUAAAGCCAUGUUGGCAUCGGACAUUAUCACUCUUGGAGCUGCUAUUUUCGGACUGUUGACAUCUAUUGCAGGCUCAUCAGCUUGCAUUUAUAAUUCUUAUCGAACGAGUAGAAUCAAUUUGUCGAUUCUGAAAGUAAAAGUGCACAACUUGGAA